UGUGCAUGUGCAGCGAAUUUUGUGUUUAAUUUUUAGUAACAUCAGGUAAUAUUGCAUCAAAAUGAAUAGGGGAAAAUUUCCGGAUUUAAAAAAAUUGAUCAAAGAAGAAAAUACUCCUGGGCGUCUGCAAUCAUUGCGAAAUCCGCGCGAUCUGAACCUAGGAGGUCCAAAAGUCCCAAAAAAACAAUUUGCACCUAACCUUAAUGUUGUUAGAAAUAAAGAUAAAAUUAAGGAAGUUACAAAAAAAAUUGAACACAAGCGAAAUGUUAGAAAUGAUAAAUAUAGCAAACGGAACAACUCCGAUCAAAGGUUUAUACAGUCCUCUGGAGUAUUCUCUGAUGGUAUCGGUCUUGAUGCUAAAAGGGGCUAUAGAACUAGACAUAGCAAUACAAAGGAAAAUGAUGUUACUCCUAGCAUGACUGUACCUACAAUUAAAAAAAAUUCUUGGGAAGUUGAUAGGAAAAAUGAAGAAAACAUCUUUGAUCAAAUAAUGGCAACAGAGGAAGAUAUCGAAGAUGAGAAAUUACCAUUUCAAAUAUUAUCUUGGACUGAACAAGAUUUUAAGGUUGUCGCAAACCCUAUUCAUAUUAAAUCUGAAGUUAAGGAUAUUAAAUCGGAACCAGAAGAAGAACUAAUAUCCAAGUUAACAAUAAAUAAAAUUAAAUUAGAAAAUUCGGAUUUCCCUCUAGAAUAUCAAGACGAAAAUGCUUGUAGCGACGAAAAUCCUAUCAUAACUUUAUGGAGACUACCAGAUUCGUUUGCUGGUAAAACUGUGAGUGACGAUCAAGAUUGUAAAAAAUUAUUUGAUUAUACCUUGCACGAGAUGCCAGAAGGACAAAUAGGAAAGUUAAUCUUACGGAAAUCAGGACUUUUAGAAAUACGUGUAGGAAAAAUGAAAUACAGUUUAGAACCUGGUGAUCUUGGAUCAUGUAGAGAAGAAAUUGUCUCCUUAGAUAUUAAAGAAAAUCAAGAGUCCUUGGCAGCUGUACUGGGGCAAAUACAAAAUAGAUUCCUUUUAAAUCCGGACUGGGAUUCACUUUUUAAUGCAAAUAAACUGUGAUAUGUAAAAGACUUAUGAUAUAUUCCAUUUUUUUUAAAUAUAAGUUUACUACAUGGCAAAAGGCUUACCAAAAUGUAGUAAAAACUUUAAAGUUUUACAUUUAAAAAUUAACAUUGCAUUUGACUUUAUUUUUUACAAUAAAAAAUACUUAGAUUUAAAGGAAAAAUAGUAAACCGAAAUUAUUGCUUUUAUAUUUUGUACGUUUUUUUAUAACAUUAUUUAUUAUGCCUCUAAUUAUUGCUUUGUGGGCCUGUAAAUUGAUUUCGUAAAUUAAUAGAAUAUUUCAGUCUGUAAUUAAAAAAUCUAAGUGACGUGUUAAUAUGCUAUUUUGAAACAAUAAUUGUAAUAUUGAAAAAACUAAAGAAAUGAAUGCCUCUAAUGUUUAUGAUAUGAAUUAUGCUAGUCUUGUGUUGUGUAUAUUUUUUGCGGAACUAUUUGAAAAAUUACACUUUUCU